AUGGAAGACGAGUCAAGCGCCAAGUAUCCAUACAGAGAGCCAAUGCCACGUGCGGAAAGGGUAUCAAUGAAAGCUCUCCAAGAUGAAUGGAGACACUUGUUUAUUACACGCGUUGAGGGAGAAAACAACAUACACAACCCGAAAAUUCCGGAGGACACAAAUGAUUGAUGAAUAGUUAUCAAACGCCUCGUAGAACGAAAAAUGAAAGAAUUCAUCAUCAGGAAGAGAUCGUGGAAUCUGGGGAUCGUACGUUCGCAGUGAUGAAACCAAUGCGUCUUCAUCAUCAAAUCAAUGUACCUGAAAGUUAUCCGCAAAGUGUUCCUAGAAAUAUUUCAUGUCAAUCUAAAGAAACAGGAAAUCGCGGAAAAUCUUAUAAUGAAGAUAAAUCAUCUGAUGACGAAGAAGAAGACGAAGAAGUUAUAGAUGAAGAAGAUGAAAGCGAUGGCGACGACGAAGAGGUACACGAGGAGUAUGUACAACAAGAAUUGGCUGAUGAAAAUCAUUUUGACUACUCAUACGAUGAAGGACACAAUUUUAAUAGACAAGACGAAAUGUUGCCAGCAAGUGAAGACCAGAAAAGACGAUCUUCUUCGAAUUCGAAGACUCCAACAAAAGCUUUGCCACGUGACACGACUGCAGUGGAUUUCGAUGUUUUCAACCAUCUUCAAACCGGACAAUCUUUCACAACAAUAAUUGAAAAAUUGGAGGUUGCUGUACGAAAUCGAAGCUUGCUGGAAAUCGGACGAGUGGUGAGAGCAGGAAUCCGAAACAAAACUUUGACACAUGUUCAGAUUGAGGAGUUCUGCCGAAAUAGGAGUCGUCCAUAAAUCCCGAUAUUCCAGUACUUUGAUGAAUCUGAAUAUUGCUCAGCAGACGACGACAAAUCUAUCAGAAUGGGCAAUUUGGUUAUUGUUAGUUUUCAUGAAAACGUUGGUCAAUCAGAAAGCAAUACAAAGGUCUUAUAAAAUCUCCGGAAUCGAUGAAUUUCUGGACUGUGAUGCGCCUAAGUUCUACAACGAGACGAAUCUUUCCGGUAAAGAUUCUUUCGCGCAAUUGACCAAUUUCUACCAACAGCUUCUUCCAAUCAUGAUCACACCCGUAUAUAACAUCUGGUGCUACACAUACAGACCAAAAUCGUGCCGUCGUACUGACAAACAUUUCAAGGAGCUUCCAAGUGGACUUAUCAAUAUUAUUAAAGAUCUCUCUCUGGACAUUUCUGGAUUGUACCUGCCUCAAACCCUAUUGACAGGAAAAAUUGAUCUGAACGAUGAAUUCGUCGCAUCAAUUGAAGUCGAGGAUGCAGAAAAAUCGAAGGAAAUUCUGCGACGACGAAGGGAAAGACCGUUGGCCUUGAGGCAGUUCAGUCAUGCUCUUUCAAGAGCAAUGGCGAAUCUUCGCACAUAUCAUUAUGAUGUGACGACCAAGAAGAUUGAGCCGUGUCCAAUGAGAUACUCUUGCAAAGGACAUUUAAAAUGGGAGCAGAUGCGAAAAUAUCGAGCUCAGUGCAAGAAGAAUUUCAAAGACCCUAGCCUGGCGACUGUGGAGGAUAUGAUGUCAAAGUGA